AUGGAUAAUUCUAUUCAAACUUUAGAAGCUGCGGCUCAAAUGCUUAUGGCGCCGCCGAAUUUGGUUACAUCAGAGCAAAGACAUCAUGCUGAGAGAGUAUUCAUGGAACUACGAAGUACAAAAAACCCCUAUCAACUGUGCAGAGAAGUUCUCGAGAAAUCUUCAUCUGAUUAUGUUCUCUUUGAGGCAGCUGGAUUAUUGAAGACAGCUUUGAUCCGCGAAUGGAAUCUUCUAAACGAGAAUGACAUUUCAUCUCUCCGUGAAUAUUUACUUAACUAUCUUAUGAGAAAAGAGCCACCCCUAUUCUUGAGAGAAAAAUUGUUACAGACAAUUGCAGUUAUCAUUAAAAGGGGCAGUAUAAAUGACACUGGACGAGAUCGUAAAGCCUUAUUAACAGAAUUAGAGAAAAUUAUUCUAAGCUCACCAAUUGGGCAACAAAAAUUAGCAUGUGCGUUAAUACAAGCAAUCAUGCAAGAAUAUGCCAUUACAGUUAAGUCAUCUGAUGUAGGAUUAACUUGGGAAGUACAUAUUUGGCUUAAGAAAACAUUUGAAGCUACAGAUUUGAAAAGAAUAUUCCGUUUCACGGUUGGUGUUUUAGAGCAAAUUGUCAGGUCUGGAGUAAGGCCAGAAGGUGACAAUGCAAUAUUAACAAAACAGUUAUUAACUAUAGUCGAAACUAUACUAUGUUGGAGUCAUGUGACACUUCUAUCAAAACGUUUGACUCGUACCUUGGAAACUAUAUAUGAAAGCGAUGGGCCCAGAGCGUUACGUCUGAACCAUAAUUGGAGGGACACAAUAAUGAAGCCAGAGUUGAUUGCUCUUUUCUUUGAAAUACAUUUGCAUGUUCGGUCAAAUACAGAUCUAGCCAACCCUUCAUUAACUUGUCUUGUUCAAUUGGCAAGUUUGACUGGUGUAGUGGUAUCUAUGGGUAAUUUAAAGCAACAAUAUUUUGAGAACUAUGUUAAUCAUUUUAUGAGAAUGUUGUCUAUGAUACAACCCUUUGAUCGAGAGAUGCUUGGGAUUGCGGAUAUUUAUCAGAGACUUGUGCAAUUCUUCACUCCCCCAAUGAUUGCUGCUUCACCUCCAGCAUUCCUACAAAAUUUAACGACAUACACUUGUCACUGUAUACGGGGCUCCAUUAUUGAAGAAGGUAUUAACGAUGACACAGUGUGGAGGGAGUCAUUUAAUAAAUUUCUUAAUACAUGGUGUUCUCUUGUGCAUGACUCUGAUGGAUUUACUAAUGAUCAACUUAUGACACCAUGUAUAGAGGUAUUUAAUACAUAUCUUCAGUGCAGAUUAGCUCCACCUGAUGGAACUAGGGGUGCUGAAGUUAAUGACGGUUGCAACGACGACAUCAAGGACGAUGUACAAGAGGACGAAAGACAAUUGCACAGUAACGUGUUAAUGACAAUCGGUGCAAUGGCUCGAAAGGCGCCUGCGCAUUGCUGUCACGUGCUGUACUCUCUACUCACUGAAAGAAGUAAGAGACUGGAAUCUCUGUUGCAAUUGUGCAUGGGAAAACAGGAUACAAGUGUUGGUGAACAAUUAAUUCUGUUGUUUGAAGAUCUUCAUUGGAUUUUGAUGAUAACUGGCCACACAAUAGCAGUAGACGUCUUGGAGGGAGAAACUGUAAUGAUUCCCCAAGAGAUUCUUCAAUACAGCGUAUCCGAGAAUGCAGACGUUGGUGCAUCGCUCCGCUAUUUGGUGGGCGAGAGUACCAAUACGGAGAAUGUCGAUCCAAUAAUCAAGCUUAUAGCUGAAAUUCUACGCACCGGCGAGUACGAGCGCGCGGCUUUAGAAGCGGGUCUCGGAUAUGCGUUUAGUCCAGAACUAUCAGCCACACUUUCGUGGCUUCUCAAAAUAUGGGCCAACUCUUACGUGAUGCAGCAGUCUUCGGAAUAUGGAGCGGUGUUGGAGAGCGCUUUCGGGGUCGGGUCUCAAGGAUCAGUGUGGUCUAUCAGGCGCUUGACCCGACGAGCAUCGGCCGUACUGCGACACAUGUCUUCGCAGCCUAUCGCCGCAACCCACGCAACGCUGUUACUGGCAACACUCGCACACAACCGCCGCAAAGAGGGUACACUAGACAUUUGGGAAGAAUUCCUUUCCCUGGUAGCGUGGGAAGCGGCGGGAAGUAAAUUACCCGGAAGUGUCCGGAAAGAAUUGCACAGAGCCUUCGCUAUAGCCGCCACGUAUGCUGAAGGUGAAGCUCGCUCUAGACUAUUAACGAGUACAGUCGCGCUUACGGAGAAAUUACAGAACAUAUUGACCAUGGCAUCUGAUACGGAACCCAUCUAUAUUCUUGCAGACACACUUGAAUGUUUUAUCGGCAUUACAGAGGGAGUGCACGAGGUGGGAACAGUGGACGAGCAAUUCGUAAUGCUAAUAGCUGCCCUCGACAAGAUUCCUGGCAUACUCUUCAAGUACCAUAAUUACCCGAACGUGGUGUUGUCAGCUCUCAAUCUGCUCACUAAAAGUGCGAAAAGAAUGUUACACUCUGUUCAGCAGCAGAAUGCAAUCAAAUUUCUGGAAGUGUGCAAUACGACGUUCGAGGUAUAUAUGCGAUGGAACUCAGGGAAAAUCUCCAGCAUCCCACAGUGCGCUGAAGAGGAGGCUUACGAGGAUGUGUGUGCGCUAAUGGAUUUGAUAUGCGCAAUCGCCAGUUGCGGCACGGAGCAUCCCGUGGGUGAUACUUGUGCCCGUGGGCUCAGGUUGCUGCUGCCGAUGAUAACGCAGUCGCUCCUAGCGUUACCGACUCUUGCGCACAGUGCUUAUCGUAUGCUAAAGAAUCUGGAUCACCACGAACUGUUGACAGUUCUCCCCGUAGAACUUUUCAAUAUGGUGGUGACUGCUCUCAGGGUUGGUCUAACUGCAGUGUCCUGCGACGUGUCGACACUGUGUUGUGACACAAUCGUCGGUAUCGCGAACAAAGUGCGGACACUUGGUUCCGAUAAUCCCUAUGCGAUGUCGCUGCUGUCUUUGGCGGAGUUGCUGCUCAUGCUGAUAAUCAAAAUGGAGAUACCACCAGAUACAAUACCGUCAGCCGGGGCGGCGAUAUACGCGUUGACGUGCGUCAAACCGGCCCUACUAGAAGGAUUAGCUAGACAAUUGAUUGAAGCGUAUACCGUGAAUGAUCCGGGGAACGUUCCCAGGUUGGAAGAGGCCUUCGGUAUUCUCACAGAUGGUGUAUUGUUUGAUGGCAUGAGAACACAUAAGAUUCGCUUUCAGGACAAUUUUGACAAGUUCCUAGCUAAUGUGCACGGAUUCCUUAUCGUUAAAUAG